GAUGGUCUCUGGAAGGAGGUCACAGCCCAGCAGAACAUUUCCACCUGGUAAAGUCCAAACGGAUUCUGAUAACUUAGCGGAGACUUUGUGAGUGGGGAGCGUUUGGAGAGACUUUACGCACUGAGCUCGGAGCUCGGAGAAACCCAGACCCACGGAGAAAGUUUGUUUUACUUGAAGGAAACCGAAUCGAUCAUACUCCUCAACCCAAAGUCCGGAUCUUACCCUCCACCUUCACACCGCCGGAUCUUUAAUUCGCUUCGGCUGGAGGAACGAGCCUCUCGGAAAUGUCUGGAUCCGGGUCGGAGAAGCGCGCCGGGCUCAGCCGGGUUUGGGCCGUGCUUUUCGCUGUUCUGGUGUGGGCAGCUUUGGUGGAUGGAUGCCCACACAAGUGCAGUUGCUCCGGGUCACAUGUGGACUGCCAGGGUCUGGGUCUGAAGACUGUGCCCAAAGGAAUCCCUCGGAGCGCAGAGCGCCUGGAUUUAAACAGAAACAACAUCACCAGAAUCACUAAAGUGGACUUUUCUGGGCUGAAGAACCUCAGGAUUCUUCAUCUGGAGGACAACCAAAUCAGUGUCAUCGAGAGAGGAGCCUUCCAGGACCUGAGAUUGCUGGAGAGACUACGCCUGAACAGAAACAAACUCCAGUUUCUCCCAGAGCUUCUCUUCCAGUCCAAUCCCAAACUGGGACGAGUAGACUUCAGUGAGAACCAAAUUCAGGCGGUUCCGAGAAAAGCUUUCAGAGGAAUCACCAGCGUUAAGAACCUGCAACUGGACAGCAACCACAUCAGCUGCAUUGAAGAUGGAGCUUUCCGAGCGCUGCGCGAUCUGGAAAUUCUCACCCUCAACAACAACAAUAUCACUCUCAUCCCGUUGUCCAGCUUCAACCACAUGCCCAAGCUGCGGACGCUGCGUCUGCACUCCAACAGCCUCCACUGUGACUGUCACUUGGCUUGGCUCUCUGAUUGGCUCAGAGCCAGGCGGGGCUUGGCUCCCUUCACCCAGUGCAUGUCCCCAGCCCACAUGAGGGGCCUCAAUGUCCCAGAUGUGCAGAAGAAGGAUUUUGUCUGUAAUGGUCCUGCACAAACAGAGUCGAGGGCGUGCACUCCUCAGGUAGCCGUGUGUCCGCCCAGCUGCAGCUGCAACAACAACAUUGUGGACUGUCGUCGUAAAGGCCUGACAGAGAUCCCAGCCAACCUCCCAGAGGGCAUCGUAGAGAUUCGUUUGGAGCAGAACCUGGUCAAAAGCGUCCCACCAGGAGCCUUUUCAGCCUAUAAGAAACUGAAGAGAAUUGACUUGAGUAAGAACCAGAUUUCUGACAUUGCUGCAGAUGCUUUCAGCGGACUUCGCUCGCUCACCUCGCUGGUGCUGUAUGGCAAUAAGAUCGCUGAGUUGCCUAAAGGAGUAUUUGAUGGACUGUCUUCCCUGCAGCUGCUAUUACUGAACGCCAACAAAAUCAACUGUUUGAGAGUGAACACCUUCCAGGACCUGCAGAACCUGAACCUUCUGUCCUUGUAUGACAACAAGCUGCAGACCAUCAGCAAAGGCCUCUUCAACCCUCUGCGCUCCAUCAAGACUCUCCAUCUGGCCCAGAAUCCCUUUAUGUGUGACUGUCACCUGAAGUGGCUGGCUGACUACCUGUUUGACAACCCCAUCGAGACCAGUGGAGCUCGCUGCAGCCACCCCAGAAGGCUGGCUAACAAGCGGAUCAGCCAGGUCAAAGGCAAGAAGUUCAGAUGCACAGGUCAGGAGGACUAUCGCAGCCGCCUGAGUGGGGAGUGUUUCCAGGACCUGGUGUGCCCAGAGAAAUGUCGUUGUGAAGGCACCGUGGUUGACUGCUCCAACCUCAAACUGACCCGAAUACCUCCACAUAUCCCUGAACACACCACCGACCUGCGGUUAAACGACAAUGAAAUUACCAUCCUGGAGGCUGCUGGGACUUUUAAGAAGCUGCCCAACUUGAAGAAAAUCAACCUAAGCAACAACAAGCUGAGAGAUAUCCGUGAAGGGGCCUUCGAUGGAGCGGGUGGAGUGUUGGAGCUGCUGCUAACUGGGAACAAGCUAACGGGACUGCAGGGACGCAUGUUCAGAGGCCUCGGUGGCCUGAAGACCCUUAUGCUGCGGAGCAACCAGAUCAGCUGCAUUGACAACAGUACCUUCACGGGUCUGAGCUCAGUGCGUCUGCUGUCCCUGUAUGACAACAGGAUUGCUAGCAUCGCCCCUGGGGCCUUCUCCACCCUCCACUCCUUGUCCACCAUUAACCUCCUGUCCAACCCGUAUGUGUGUGAUUGUCACCUGGCCUGGCUCGGUCAGUGGCUGAAGAAGACCAGAGUGGUGAGCGGGAACCCCCGCUGUCAGAAGCCGGCCUUCCUGAAAGAGAUCCCCAUUCAGGACGUGGCUGCCCCUGACUUCACAUGUGAUGGUGUUGAGGAUAAUGGCUGUCUUCCUGCAUCUGGAUGUCCUGACGUCUGCACGUGCUCAGACGGAGUGGUGCGAUGCAGCAACAGAGGGCUGCACGCUCUCCCCAAGGGCAUUCCCAAGGACACCACGGAGCUGUACCUGGAGGGGAACAUGCUGUCAUCUGUUCCCAAGGAGCUGGCAGUCCUGAAGCAGCUGUCUCUGGUGGACCUGAGCAACAACAGCAUCAGUACAGUGGCUCCAUAUACCUUCAGCAACAUGACUCAGCUGGCCACACUCAUCCUGAGCUACAACCAGAUCCGCUGCAUCCUACUCCACGCCUUUGAUGGACUCAGGUCUCUCCGCCUGCUGACUCUCCAUGGUAACGACCUUUCAACCAUCCCUGAAGGAGCGUUCAGCCACCUCACCUCUCUGUCCCACCUGGCUCUUGGUGCCAACCCUUUGUACUGUAACUGUGACUUACGCUGGCUCUCCCAGUGGGUCAAGGCCGGCUUUAAAGAACCUGGCAUUGCUCGCUGUGCUGGACCUCCUGACAUGGCUGACCGGCUGCUACUCACCACUCCACUCAACAGAUUUCAGUGUAAAGGUCCUGUGGAUAUCAGCCUGAUGUCAAAGUGCGCCCCCUGCCUGGCAGCACCCUGCCGGAACAACGGCACCUGUGUCUCCAAUGCUGCAGGAUCCUAUCACUGCACCUGUCCAUAUGGAUUCAAGGGUCCGGACUGUGAGAUAGCCAUGAACGCCUGCAUCAGCUUCCCCUGCCAUAACGGAGGAACCUGCCACAUCCAGCCUGGGCGUGAGGGCCACUUCAGCUGUGUGUGCCCACCAGGCUUUGAGGGUCAGCGCUGUGAAAUAAACCCCGACGACUGUGAAGACAACGACUGUGAGAACAACUCCACCUGCAUCGAUGGAGUCAACAACUACACCUGUGUCUGCCCACCCAACUACACAAGUGACCUGUGUGACGAGGUGGUUGACCCUUGUCUUAUUGGUUAUGACCCGUGUCAGCACGACUCCAAGUGCGUCCAGGUUGGCCGCGGUUACAGGUGCGAAUGUUUGCCCGGAUAUGUUGGCCAACACUGUGAGCAGGACUAUAAUGACUGUUUGGAGAAUAAAUGCCAACAUGGUGCAGAGUGUGUGGACGCUGUCAAUGGUUACACCUGCGUCUGCAAGGAGGGCUUCAGUGGGCUGUUCUGUGAGAACCCUCCACCAAUGAUCUUGCUGCAGACCAGCCCCUGCGACCAAUCAGACUGCCAGAACGGCGCCCAGUGCCUGGUGGUUGCUGGGGAGCCCAUCUGCCGCUGCAUACCUGGUUACUAUGGCAACAAAUGCGACAAAAUUUCCACCAUUCACUUCCUGGGUCGGGAUGGGUACGUGGAGCUGCAUGGCACCAAGCUACGACCGACAGCUCAUAUUUCAUUGCAGGUGGCAACAGAUAAAGACAACGGCAUUCUGUUGUACAAGGAGGACCACGACCCGCUGGCUCUGGAGCUCUACCAGGGACACAUCCGACUCAUUUAUGACAUCGCCAACUACCCACCAACCACCGUUUACAGCGUUGAGUCCGUCAAUGACGGACUUUUCCACACCAUGGAGCUGCUGAUCCAGAACCACUCACUGAGUCUGGUGGUGGAUAACGGAGCCCCAAAGAGCCUGGGCAAGCUGGCACGCCAGCCUUCAGUUGACCACAACACCCACCUCUACAUUGGGGGUGUCCCCUCCCAGGUGGUGGCCUCAGGUCUACGUCCGGGCCCUGAGCGCUCUCCUCAGGCUUUUGAUGGCUGCAUCCACAAUGUACGGAUCAAUGGAGAGACUCAGGACCUGAGUUUCAGAUCCACAGGAGGACCGAUACAUGGGAUGGAAGGCAAGGGUGAAGCCAUUCUGGUAGGAUGUCACUCCUGCAGUGUGUGUCCGCAAGGCGCCUGCAGAGAGGGAGGGGAGACCGGGGUCACAUGUAACUGCCCUCCAGGACGGAUGGGGCCCCUGUGUGAUGAAACAACAGCCAGUAACCCCUGUCAGAAAAACAGGUGUGUCCAUGGCACAUGUGUUGCAAAGGGUCAGUCUUACAGUUGUCAGUGUAAUGAAGGCUACCAGGGUCAGUACUGUGACCGACCGACCUGCAGCUGGUGCGGUCGGGGUGAAUGUCGAAUGUCAGAACCAGGAGAGCUGGUCUGUCACUGUCAGCCGGGCUUCACUGGACCCACCUGUGACACAGAGCUCAGAUGCAAGGGAGAAAUGUUGAGGGAGCAGCUGAAGCGCCACCAAGCCAUGAGAACGUGCACAUCCACCAGCAAGAUUCCCCGCAUGAACUGUCCGAGAUCCUGCCAGGCAUCGGCGCCCCCUGGUGUUUGCUGCGGGGUCACAAAGACCAGGAGAAGAAAGGUGGUUUUCCGCUGCACCGACGGCACCUCGUACUCCGAGGAGAUGGAGACGGCUCUGGAAUGCGGCUGCUCCAAAUGCCCGCUGUAACGGGCCGGCGGCUCACUCCUUCGCUCUGCAACACACACCUCUGCCACUCUGUGAAUUGACACCGAAGCUGUCGCUCUGAGAUCUUCCCACACUGAUGAACACGAGCUCUACAUGAUUACCUUCCACAUCCCAGCUGACUGCUGAACAGAAAGGACAAAGAGAGAAAAUAUAUUGUAAAAUAUAUGUGAGAAACAUAGAACUUAUUUUUAUUAUGGAUUUUUCUAAGAUGAUAAAAGGACUCAUAAGUUGUGUUACAUAUGUAUGUUACAUAGUAUAAAAUAUAUUUUCUACAAUCCAACCAACUAGAUUAACAUUCUUUAAAAUAUCUGAAAUGAAAUGUUUGUGUGAAUCUUUAUAAAUACUUACUUUAACCAAAUGAAUUCGAUAUAUUCAGUGUAUCUGCAUGAUGUUAAUGUGAGUGUGGCUGUGGACACUGAGUGGGAGUGGGAUGAAGGAAGCUCUGUUCGCUGAGAACCAGGAGAAGGUGGCGUUCUCCUUUACUGUGGAGGCUGUCGGGAAGCUUCUUCACUCUGUGAUGGACGUCAUCCUCAUGUAGAGUACUGCAGAGAUGGGCUUGUGGUUCUGUAUCCUGCUGCCCUUUAAGGCUGGAUUGGGUCCACUAGGAUCUACAGAGAACGUCACAGGAACCAGUCUCUCCUCCAACCAAAUGUGGCAGUCUGGUAACACCUGCAGGACUCAAAACAGCAGCUUUGGUUUUUAAGACCGAAACAUCUGACAAAAUAUCAGUAAAAGGUUCGUUUAUUUCAUUAAUUCAGUUUAAAAACUGAAACUCGUUUAGAUCUGUCCUUCAUACACAGUCAAAGUAUUUCUGAUGAUUUUGGCUUCCAGCUAAUGAAGAAAUUCUGAAAAAUACAUCAGAUUAAAAUGGGUUUUAAUCCAGAAAUCGUUGCCUGCCUGUACUGUUCAGGAUCUGCAUCCAAUACUUGGCUGGGGCUCAUUUUGGAGAUGACGCCUCCCCAAAGCAUCACUGACUGUGGAAACUUCACAGUAGACUUAUCUCAACUCAGUUCACACCUUGUGAAUCUCCCCAAAACUCUUCAGUAGGUGUUAUUUUACAGUUCUCUCAAGGUCUGAUUUCUACUGCAGUUUUUCCUUCCACUCAACUUUCUAUUAAUAUGCUUCAGUACAGAACUCUGUUCUCUUCUUUAGCAGUGACUUUCUGUGGCUUCGUCAUUAUUUGUCACUGAUACCUUCAUUACUGAAGGUAUCAGUGACGCCUGAAAUGUUUCACUCUGUGGAUUGAAUCUACAUCAUAUUUGACUUUGUGGAGGCUUAGUAAAAUAAUGAUGUUGUUGUUGAUAUUCAAAUGUAUCGAGAUGUAAAUCAGCAGCUAAAAUUCCGAAAUUCCUGUUCAGUGAUGAAGAGACCCUGAAGAAUCAGUAAAUUCAACAGCUGCUGAUGUAACCAACCAGAGGAGUUCAUUUUACUGCAGGUGUGUAAAACAGGUACUGCAGCAGGAGUUUCAUGAGGGUCACCUCCACAUCGGUGCUGCAGGCCACAGUGUGUGUGGCUGCAGGGGUCUAAACAGUAAACAGCAUUUUCAGCCAUUUGCCCUCUCAGCUGCUGCUCUCCACCAUCAGCAGGUCAGGGAGCAGAACUUUCUGCAGGUAGAUAAGAAGAUAAAAACGAAGUCAUUUUCUGUGCGUUUCUGAAAAACAGAUUUUUACUGCAAGAGUAACUUAGAGUGAUGUUUGCAGAGGAGGUGGCUCCUCCUCCCUCUGUGAAUACAGUUGAGGUUCUACUGUGGCCUUCUACCCAAAGGAAAUAAAGCUGGGAGAAUGAGUCUUCUCUCAGAAGCAGCCUUAAUGACGCCCGAGGACAUUAAUCGGCAUUUGAUGAAUGUGAAACUGCUUCUAUUAAUGUGUUUUCAGUGCAGUGUUCUCCUGGAUCAUAGCAAAAGUCCAGAGUCUCAUCUUGGUCCUCCAUGUGUUAUCUCUCUGCCCUCCGCUGCCUCAAACCAAGUGCCUUCAGACAGUAGCAUAAAUAGCUUCCUGGAUGAGUUCCUCCUUCUGGCUCCAGUUCUAAGCUGGUCCAGAUGCCACAGAGUAAUGAAAAUGACUGUAAAGUGGACGUGUCCAUCUUCAGUCCUGCGUGGUUCAGAUGUGUCCCUGAGGCCUAAUGAACCACAGUUUCAAUCAGGUGUGUUGGACAAGGGACGAAUCUAAGACAUGCAGGACAGAGGACGUUGAGGAGUGAGGAUGGACACUACUUUGCAGCGUUUAUCCACUGCCCACUCUGUGCCCCCCACCCCACCCUGAGUGUUGAUGUCACCCUGGGUGGAUAGCCAUAUUUCCCAUAUGACCCCCUACUGCCACCAGGUUGCAGUAUUUGACCAAAGCCUAGGAGCUCCAGCCAUGAUUCAUUUACCUCCAACACAACAGGACAGCAGCUCCGUAUGGAAACCUUUAACUAACACAAGGCGGCCAUAUUGGAACUACAAUCAUGUUUCUUUCCUACAUCACUUUAUUUACAGCAGAAACUUCUUCCAACCUUCAGCACCUCUACACAUCUAUUAUUGAAGGUCUGCAACAAACCUUUAAUGACCUCCAUCCAACUAUUAAUCACCCUCUCAUCACUUCUUCUCCUCCUCUGUUAUUGCAGCGCCCCCCUGUGGCCCUGCUGCUCCUUUCCUGUCUGAUAAUACUGGUUCAUUUUGAACAGAAUAAUAAACCUCAGCUACUUGUUAUUGACAGUAACUUAAAUGAACUGUAUUCACUCGCUUGUAUAGACCACAGAUUAAUAAUUCGUAAUUAUGUGACUAUAACUGAUGGUUUUGUUGAAUGUUAAAAUUAAACUUCUACUGGAACCACAA